GGCACCCAACCCCGGCUUCCGGGGAUGGGAGCGGGUGGUUCGCGUUCCGCCCCGGGCCGGCCUGAGCCCCGAGGUCUCUGGUGACGGGUGGACGCGGGUGGAGGCGGCUUCAGGCUCAGGACCUGCUUGCUCCCGCCACGGACGCCACGGGCUGACCUUGGCCGCCGCUCAUUGGCUGCUCUUGCUGACCUUGGUCCAAGGUCGGGGUCGAUGGCAGCUUGGGCCGCCUCGAGCCUGAGCAGGGUCGCUGCCGGGUGCCUGCGGGGGGCGCGAGGCCCCGGGGUCCGGGCGGCUCUUCCUCCCACCCUCGCGGCCUCCCAGCCUGAGCCCACGGGCCGCACCCCCGUUCCGGGCAGGACGCUGCACCUGACCGCGGCGGUCCCCGCCGGGCACAACAAGUGGUCCAAAGUCCGGCAUAUCAAGGGUCCCAAGGAUGCCGAAAGGAGUCGCAUCUUCUCCAAGCUCUGUUUGAGCAUCCGCCUGGCAGUUAAAGAAGGAGGCCCCAACCCUGAGCUCAAUAGCAGUCUGGCCAACAUCUUAGAGGUGUGUCGCAGCAAGCACAUGCCCAAGUCAACGAUUGAAGCAUCGCUUAAAAUGAGGAAAGCCAAGGAUGUUUAUUUGCUGUAUGAGGGCCGAGGCCCUGGUGGCUCUUCUCUGCUCAUUGAGGCAUUAUCUAACAGUGGCUCCAAAUGUUAUUCAGACAUCAGACAUAUCCUGAACAAGAAUGGGGGAAUGAUGGCUGAUGGAGCUCGCCACUCUUUUGACAAAAAGGGGGUUAUCGUGGUUGGAGUGGAGGACAGAGAGAAAAAAGCUGUGAACCUAGAGCGUGCCCUGGAGCUGGCAAUUGAAGCAGGAGCUGAAGAUGUCAAGGAAACUGAAGAUGAAGAGGAAAAUAACGUUUUUAAAUUUAUAUGUGAUGCCUCUUCACUGCAUCAAGUGAGGAAGAAGUUGGACUCCCUGGGCUUGUGUUCUGUGUCCUGUUCACUAGAAUUCAUCCCCAACACAAAGGUGCAGCUGGCUGACGCUGACCUGGAGCAGGCCGCCCUUCUCAUCCAGGCUCUUGGCAACCAUGAAGAUGUGAUCCAGGUCUAUGACAACAUUGAGUAACCAGGCUCUCUGUGCCCCUGGGGUCCUUCCUAGGCAACCUGCAGCUCAUUCUGGAGCACAGGCUUCUGCAGCAACUCUGAGAUUGAAGCAGAUUGGAGGCCUAGCAGGUUAGGAGGCAUAAAAUAAAGACCUGGAGCUUUGUGGCCAAGGGAGUCACUGCAUCUCCAUGGGGCCUCUUUGUCAGCUCUGCUGGUGUCUUGCAGCCCUGUUGGAUGCGAAGUGGAGCCAACCAGCUAAUCAGAUUCUGAUCUUAGGAAGUUGGCCCUUGUGGGAAUGGCAGGUGCCCUGAAGGCCCUUGUACUAGAAACUGUUCUUAUAUAAUAUAACUGAUCUGGGUUGCUGAACUCAUAGUGUAUAGCUCUUGCAUUUUCCUGGGUUUUUGUCCAGCUAUUGAGACCCUCUUGACUUCCUUUGAAGUCUAUAGGUUUAGUUCCACUACUCCAGUCCCAGGACUUUUUUUUUUUUUUUUUUUUUAAUUGACCAGAGAAAUGUAGAUCUCUACAGGCACCACUCUGUGCUGGUCUGGUGGCCCAAAUCUGUCAUUUGUCAUGCAAAUAGUAUUUGUCAAACACCUAUAUACCAGGAACUGUAUUUAACAGGAGCACAAACUGUUCAGUUGGUACUCUGUGUUAGAUCCUGCUCUAAGACAUAGGACCUCUGAGGUCAGACACAGGACUGCUGUCUGCUGGAGCUAUCCUAGGGCAGCAGGAGCUAUACAUGCAUCCUUGUUAUUUUCGUGUGGUCUCUGUGCCCUCCUUCUGCCAAAGAGCUUAAGGCUCUAACUCAGUAGGAAAUCCAGUGCCAAUGGUAAGGGACUCCCAGGCCCUGCUUCAUCCAGACCCCCUUGUGUUCUGAGAUUGAUCAGAGCAGACCUUUCAGCAUAUUGGACUACUCUCAGGAGAGGCGAUGACAAGCUGGUUCUCAAAGCUACUUGGUUACCAGAAUGCCACUUGAGCUCCUUUUCAUCCCUGCUGGCAAAUGAUGGGGCACUGGCAACUGGAGAGGAAAUGAGAAUAGAAGGAAGGGUGAAGGACUGACUCAGAUCCUGGCAAGCUGGGAAAUAGGGCGCUUCAUACCUUUUCCCCUUAAGUGUCACUUUUGAGUUUAGAAAGACCAGGAGUGCCAAUCAGCUAUGCAGGAGCCCAUUAAAUAUGUCAGGCCUGGAAUGGCUUUUUGAUCCCUGUUAUUUACCUACUCAUAAGUUGUUUAAACCAUUUCUGAGAUCAGAAUAAUUUUCCUGAAGGAGCUUCAGGUAAAUGAGGAAAAGAACAAAAUCCAAAUUGGCUGGCUAUAAAUAAUAACUUCAGCUUCUAGGAAAAACCGGUUACUAAUUCCAUGAUGACUUUAACAGUUGGAGAGCAAAGGCUAAGGAAAGAAAAAAAACAAUGAAAUAAUCCAUGAAAAUGCCAAAGCAUAUCCUCUUACACCUCAUUUCAUAAUCAUGAUACUACCUGGCAUUCUUUAGUUUGUUUUGUUUUUUAAAAUUUAUUGUGUGUGUGUGUGUGUGUGUGUGUGUGUGUGUGUGUGUGUGAGGGAGGGAGGGAGAGGGAGAAUCCCAGGCAGGCUCCAUACUCAGUACACAGCCUGAUAACCGGGCUUAGUCUCAACCUGGAGAACAUGACCUGAGCCAAAAUCAAGAGCCAGACACUUUAACUGAGCCACUCAGGUGCCUCACAUUCUUUAGUUUUUAUAGGAGAUAACUCGUCAAAAUAUCUGAUGAGCACAUUCUUAAAAUAGUGCAAUUUAAAGUUUAAGUGCUGCUUUGUAAUUUAUAGAAUACUUUCUUAUGUUAUUUGAUUUUCACAGCACAACUAAAAUAAUCAGGCCAAUUAUUUUAUGCACAAAUGGUCACAUAGCAAGCAGGUGAGAAUAGGCCUAAUACUACAUCUUACAUUGAUCUUGGUUUAUAAAAAUAGCUGUUUUGUAAAUGUUGAUUAUAAUUAUGAUAUAAUUAGGAAGAAUCUCCUAAUUUCUGGUCUGAGAAAUCUGCACCAGGAGAGCCUACUGUGGAAGGGAACUUGGCUACUCAUGUACUCGUGAAUAGUCCUCUAAUAGAUAGGAUUUAAGGAUUUUUGUAACUAGUUUUCUUACAGCAGGGCUUUGGAUGGCUCUGCACUGACCCCUGGUGGUGCCCUGCAGUCUUUCCUGCAGCUAGCAUGGCAAAGGCAGAAAUGAAACCUUAUUUGGACCUGUACUGCCUCUAACUCUGCUAACGAGACCCUUAGCUACAUAGGUUAAAUAACUAUUUAACUGAAUAGUUACGCAGAGAGAAUAUGAGUUAUUCUGCCACUAAAAAUUAUUUUCUAAAAAAUAUUUUAUGUCAGAAAAUGUUUACAGUGUAAUGUUAAAUGGAAAACAAAGAUGUAAAACUCUGUAUAGUAUGAUUCAAAUUUUAAAAUAUAGUCAUACUUUAUGAACUUAAAAAGACUAGAAGGAAGUGUAUCAGAAUCUCAAAACUGGUUAUCUCUGGGUGGUGAUGUUGUCACUUUUCUACAAUCAUAUAUUUAAUCAGGGGAAACAUUUUUAAAAAAGAAAACAAGUCACAUUAUUGUCCAGCUAGGGAGACAGCAUGUGAGAGGCCAGGAGUCAGGCAUAGCUUAAAGUCAAAAGAAUGAGAUCUGGUCUUGGCUUGCCUUUGCCUUAUCUUUGGUCAUUGUCUUAGCAGACAGAAUCAUUCAAUGCCUUGCAGCUGGCUUCGGCUCACUUUCAAGUGACCUUUCCAUGGGAUGGAAGUAUUUGUGAUAGGUUCCAUCCAUAGCCUUGACUCUUAAAGGAAGCGUUCACGUGGUACCUAGCUGCCUUCCUUCUGCCAGAGGCCUCAGCCAACAGUGGAAAUUCAGCCAUAGGCUGAGUUACUCUUUUGGGGUUUUUUUCUGUUUUGUUUCUUUUGCUUUACUCUCUGAUACUUAGAGCACAAGAGUCAAUAAAACUUCACACUCGAAGAGACCCCAACUUGUAGACUUUUAUUUGAGUUGCUGGGGACACCUCUGGAACCCUUCUGAAGAGGAAAUAAAUGACCCAGUAGGUCUGGCCAGGGCAAGUGUUAGGAUAGAUACCACACUAGUUUUGACCCAAACCGCUUUCUUCCUUAUGCCCUCCCCAGACACUGAGGAGGAUAGUAGUUUUUACUUUUCCUCUUGUCUUUCUUUUGUCCGUGUGAAAGAGGUAACAACUGUGGUUUUUGAAUGAGUAAGUGAACCUCAACUGGAGGGAUUCCCUUCCUCCUAAGAUAUAACCACCAUUAACAAUCUACUCUGUAUUCUAUUCAUUGGAACCAAUCUACUGGGGAACAGAUUUCAACUCUUAAUUGCCAGAAACCUUGGACAAGAACUUAACCUCCUUGCACCUCUUUGUCUAUAAAAUUAGGAUAAUAGUACCUAUCUCAUAGGGCUGUUUUGAGAAUUAAGUACGUUAACCUAUGUUAAUCUCUUAAAAGAGUGCCUGGCAAUAGUAAGUGCUCAAUAAAUGUUGGCCUUUUUCCCUCCACUAAGUUUGAACAUUUUUUAAAAACUGAAAUGUGAUCACCCUGUACGUUUCUGCUUUAUGAGUUUUGGUUUUUUUCACUUCACAAUGUAUCCUGGAUGCUGCAAUGAACAUUACUUAUCUUUGCUCACUUGCAAAGUGUUCCUUAGGAUAAAUUUAAAGAAGUAGAAUUUAUAAAUGAAAAGCAAUUUUUUUCUCAAUUAGUUAAUGUCAGUAAUAUAUAAAAUAUCAUGGUUGUAAAAAUCUUCAGUGGUAUACAUAUCAUUCAUUAACAAUGCAGAUAAAAUAACUGGUUGAACUGGUGAUUGAAUAUAUUCUUUACCUCUGAAUUAAAGCAAUUGUCAUCAGGGGUGCUUGGGUGGCUCAAUUAGUUAAGUGUUUGCGUUCAGCUAUGGUCAUGAUCUCAGGGUCCUGGGAUCAAAUCCCACUUUGGGCUCCCUGAGUCUGCUUCUCCCUCUCCCUCUGUUCCUCCCCCUCCCGCCCCCCACCUCUGCCUGCCAUGCUCUCUUUCUCGUUGUCUCUCUUCUCUCAAGUAAAUAAAUAAAAUCUUUUUUUUUUUUAAGAAUUUUUUUUUGGCAGCCCAGGUGGCUCAGUGGUUUAGCGCUGCCUUCAGCCCAGGGCAUGAUCCUGGAGACCUGGGAUCAAGUCCCAUGUCGGGUUCCCUGCAUGGAGCCUGCUUCUCCCUCUGUCUGUGUC